AUGGGGCCCCAUUGGAAGGGCACCAGUUCUCUCCAGAACAUGAUCAUCAUGGGUGACUCUUACAGCAAAUACGAGGGGAAGACGUGGCCAUGUGUCCAUAAUUUCGCAUUUCCAGGGGCCACUGCCGAGGACGAUCUAACAACCCAGAUAGAAAGCUUUUUUGCCAUCUAUCCCAAGAAGAGCACUCCCAAAGACGAACCGCCACUGGACCCUACAAAGUCAACUUACUUUGUAUUUAUUGGUAUAAAUGACUGUGGAAGAACAGCCGCAGAUGACCUAGAAACGCCAUUAGAAACCAUCUUUGAUGCGCUCGAUGACCUUUACAUCAAAGCCGGAGCCAGGAACUUCCUCCUCGUGGACGUGCCCCCAAUGCACCGCUCGCCACAAGCAGCAGCGUCCGACAACGAAGGCGAAUUGGCGGAGCGCGUCCAGACCUGGAACGAACGUCUUCGCGAGCGUGCGCAAGAUUUCGCCUCAAGUAGCUCGCAAGCAAUGUUAAGCGAAGUCUUGGACGAUCCGUGUGAAUUUGACCUCACUGAAGACGACCCCGAGACAGAGGAUGGCGGCUUCUGGUUGGACGAUUUGCAUAUCACAGCAAGCGUACACGCGAUUCUCUCGGACAAGCUACUCGACUGUAUCCUACAUCUGGUCUGA